AAAAAGCGAACUCGACAUUUUAUUUUGAAGGGGCAGCGUGUAGUUCCACUAAAGUAACCCACGUGAUACUCACUGGGCCGCUUCUAUUGGUCAAUUCAUAUUAAAUGAGUUCCGACCAGCGCUUCAACGUUGACAAAAUAGCUUCAUCCUUCUGUCUAACGUCUAUUUUAGUAAGUGUUUCUUUUAGGCGACGAUAUAAAAGGAGUGUCAAAUACAAACGCUAAAUUACACUCAAUAUUUUAGAUUUUGUUUGGCAAAAUAUGUAAUAAUAAUAAUAAUAAUGUAAGAGAGUUUCCGCGGAGUGAUACACGGUCAUAGCGUCACCACGCUUCCGUCCUCGGGUUAUUUGAACUGUCACCGCCGGUUCUGUUCUCCUUUUAGUUUUUUUAUCAACAUUUUAAUCCAUAACGUUGUUAUAAUAUAGCAACUGAAAGACAUAACGAGUGUUUUUUUUUAAUGCGAGCAGAUGCCAGGCGAUGAGAUGAGCGCUGCCGCCUCAGAGGGAGACGAGAAGGCGACGACGUCUCACCCGGAUUUUAACAACCCUUCCGCCCCCGCGCACUUCUCCGAACUCUCACCAUGUCAUUUUGGCAUCAGCAGUCAGAGUUUUAUCCCAACACUGUCGACAAACAAUCCCGCAAAACUAAAGGCUAGGCGGAGGCGCUCUACUAUUGGUGUCCAAGGUUCACCAGAGACAAACACUCUCAUUCGCUUCAUGGCACAACAGAGGAUGAAAACUCCACCAACACCGGCUACGUCGACCCUGAGGCAGAAGAUGGCCACCUUCCAAAACCUGAUGGACUUGGAGAAGAAGGAGGUUUACGAAUUGACCCCAAAGCAGAACAGGACACGAGAUGACAGCGGUAAGGAGAACCACCCACCAUCGGAGACCCCCCCAGUCCUGUUCAGCCGAAACGUGAAAUCGGGCCGAGCGUCGCCAGGUCAUGCGUCUCAAAAAUCGGGUCAAAAACGGGCUAAAAUCGUACAGUGCCCGCCCUUACUGGUGACCCUCAGACCAGCGUCCAGCUCAGGGAUACUUUCAUUUUUCAUCUUUCAACAGAAGGAAGUUCUCCCUCCUCAGAGCUCUGUCCCCCGACCAGACGAAGAUCCCGUCUUCCUCCUUCUCACCCCCCGUCGUCCUUCAAUGUCGGGGAUCAGGUUGUCAGGAGACGAAGACUCUUCUGGGACGUCUCCCGUGAGGAAGAAGAAGAAAGUUCACUUUGGAGGCCUUCUCUCCCCUGAGUUAUUCGAUAAGAACCUGCCCCCGAGCACUCCGUUACAGAAGGGAGGAACCCCCCUGCGUGCCUCCACCCCGGCUCGAGGCCUGACGCUUCAGUCGGUGCUGAAGAAGUCCGGGCGGAGUGAGACCCCAAGAACGUGCGGUCGGCCUGAUCUCAGUAGCCUGACUGAGCUCGGUGCCUCUCCGUCGCUGACGCUUCCUCACAGGUCCCGGGUGACGUUCGAAGACGAGGGAGAAAAGACUGACGUGGAGGAGGAGAUUGUUCUCCCCUCCAUGAAGGAGAUCUUCACUGCGAUGUCGAGCGACACAGAAUGCUUGGACUUUCAGCCGUCGAGCGUGAAUUCUGCCUCAGGUGAGGAGGCGUCGUCUCAGACAGAGUCUGACAGUGACAUCAUCACUUCCUCCGGGACGCGUGACGCUGCGGCUCCGGUGACGUCCGGGAGAAAAAGGGCGAGAAAAAACGACUUUGUCAGAAGGUCGACGCGCUCCUCUGCCAGGGCCGCCUGUGGCAAGAUGAAGAAAUCCUCCGCGGGAAGUUGUCGUUGGAGCAGGGGCGUGGAUCGCUCACUGUACGGCUCUCAUGAGUACGCCUCCAAGAACCCAACACUGAGCCCCAUCACGGAGAGGCGUAGUGCGGGCGCAGAGGCAGCUGCGUCUUCAGAAACUGACCUCACGGCCCAGAUGGCCCGUAGCGUAGAGGACCCGACUUCCCCCAUGGUGGUCCAGACGUCGGACGACUGCAUCUUGUCUCCCAGCUCGGCUACGAAAAGACGGGCUAGAGCUGCUGACUCUGAUCUCCUCAGUGAGGAGCUGAGUGAAGACCAAAGUUCAUCUCAGCAUAGUUCGGCCAAACAGACAUUGGUCAACAGUGACCUGACCUCUGACCCUGAGCCCGCUGAGGAAUCAGAACCCCUUCACUCUCCUCCACUCGCAGGAAAUGAAGCGGAACAGGAACCGGAGCGGGACUUGAGAGACAACAGCAGCAGCUCAGACUCGGCUCCCUCACAGGUCGACUUUUAUUUCGAGGAUGUUUUUAAACACGUGGCCAGCAGGAGGCAGCGUUCUGUGCGCCGCAGCCUGAGGAACCAAAGCAACGUGGUCUCUGACAACAGCGACGCCAGUCUGGCCUGGUUGCCUUGGACCCCAUCGCAGUACAGUCGGAGCUUCAAGAGGAAAAGCAGCCGGCGAGUGGCCGGAGCCGGUCUGACCAAUCAGACGUCAGCCUCUGAGGAGACGCAGGAAACAGUGUGAUGGAAAAGUCAAGGGAGACGCCGGACAUCUUUAACUCUUGGAAUAAAACGGAGGAGGCGGUGGAAACCACAACAUCACAUCUGCUGUGACGGGGACUGGACCUGGAUGUGGCGAUUGUACUGACCCCAGAACUGCCCCCGCCCCCCCCUCAAAACCUCAAAACCACCUCCUGUCUUUUAGAGGCCAGGACCAGUUUCUGCUGCUGUGUUCACAUCCAGGUUUCACCGAUGUCCUGUUUGUUUGUUUUUUUUAGUUUUUUUUACGUGUAUGUGCGUGUGCAUGUGCGUGUGUGUGCGCGCGCACAUGCUGAUGACAGUCACCGUCGCCACUAAUGAACUCUACAGAUAGACCAGUCAUUACUCUCCAUCUGGUGGAUGAACGUCACAGAUUAGAGAAGAGAAAAUGAAACGUGUUGUUUUUGUUUUGUUUUUUAAAUGAAGGAUGAGAGUGUUCACUUCACUGACCCAUCUCCCUGGAGCGAUGACCGUCGGCACGCCGAUAGAAAAACGUAGAAUCAAAUCCAUGAAACCACGUCCAUGAUUCAUUCCAUCUUAUCACAAAUAAACCCUGAUGUGAAACACUGA